AUGGUGAAUACGGAUUUCGAGAGAAUUUUUUUAAACCAACAGAAACCCACUGGACGCUUGCGUAUUGCAGAUUCUGGGCUUGGUUGGAAAGCUAGUAUUAAUCAACCAAACGGUUCGGGGGAUCAACAACAGCAACAGCAGCAACAGCAGCCCUUCUUAUUACCGAGAGAAGAGAUCAUUCUAGCCACAUGGUCAAGAGGCGCCAAAGGGUACGAAUUGAGAGUUCAAACCAAGAAUAACGGAGUAGUUGCUCUCGAUGGAUUCCACGUUGAUGAUUUUGCACAAUUGAAGCAAGAAUUGAGUAGAAAUUUCCAGUUAAAUUUAGAGCAUCGAGAACACUCUUUGAGAGGAUGGAACUGGGGUAAAGCCGACUUGGCAAGAAACGAGUUGGUUUUUAACGUGAAUAACAAACCGGCAUUUGAAAUUCCUUAUGAUGCUAUAUCCAACUCGAAUUUAACGGGGAAAAAUGAAGUUGCCUUGGAAUUCAAUCUUGAUGGCAACAGCAACAAAGUCGGAGACGAAGUCGUUGAAAUGAGAUUCUAUGUUCCUGGUAAUGUCGUGGAACAAGAAACCACAAGGAUCAAAAAUGAAGAGACCGGUGAAGAUGAAGAGGAAGUAGUGGUAGAUACUAUUGAAACUGAACAAAAUGCAGCACAAGCAUUUUAUGAGCAAUUGAAGGAAAAAGCAGAUAUCGGUCAAAUUGCUGGAGAAGCAAUUGUGUCGUUUGGUGACGCAUUGUUCCUCACACCCAGAGGCCGUUAUGAUAUUGAUAUGUACUCAACCUCAUUGAGAUUGAGAGGUAAAACAUAUGACUACAAGAUACAGUAUAAACAAAUUGAACGUAUAUUUUCAUUACCCAAACCGGAUGAGGUGCAUCAUUUGAUCAUUAUACAAAUUGAUCCUCCCUUGAGACAGGGACAAACGAGAUACCCGUUUUUGGUAUUGCAGUUUGUUAAAGACGAAGAAACAGAAUUGGAACUAAAUUUAAGCGACGAAGAGUUUGAAGCUAAAUAUAAGGACCGAUUAAAGAAAUCAUAUGAUGCUCCUACAUAUAUUGUAAUGGCUCACUGUCUUAGAGGACUAACGGAAAAGAGAUUAUUCACGCCGGGUUCGUUCCAAUCGAGAUUCUUGCAGCCAGGCAUAUCAUGCUCUUUAAAAGCCUCAGAAGGUUACUUGUAUCCUUUGGAUAGAUGUUUCUUAUUUGUAACAAAACCAACGCUUUAUAUUCCAUAUAGCGAAAUAAGCAAUGUUGUUAUGUCAAGAACCGGAGGUGGAGUAUCAGCGUCAAGAACAUUUGAUUUGGAAAUAAACGUAAUUGGAUCAAGUCAAAAACAUGUGUUUGGAAGUAUUGAUAGAGAAGAGCAAGAGAACAUUGAAAGAUUCUGUAGGGAAAAGGGAGUCAAGGUUAAAAAUGAAGAAAAGCUUGCUAAACAAAGAUUGGCUAAAGCGUUGGAACAAGAAGCUGAUCUGGAUGAAGAGGACGGUGAUGUGGAUAUGGGAAGUGCCGGUGAAGAAGAUGAGGAAGAGGACGUAGACUUUAAAUCAGGUUCAGACUCUGAUGUUGCCGAAGAGUUUGAUAGUGCGGCCGAAUCUGAAUCAGGUAGCGAAGAAGAAGCAUCUCCAGCGGAUGGUGGUGAUGACAAUAGACCCCCAAAAAAGAAAGCCAAGAACUAA